CUGACUGGCCCAGGUGCUGAGAAUGUGCCCGCCCCUUAUGCCUGAUAGGCUGACACCUUGACAUUCUUCUCACCUGUUUCUGUGUUUAUUGCACGACUUCUAGCACAGAAGGAUCACACACACAAGACCUCUGGAGCCUAGCCGGUGCUCUCGUAGGUGUGGGAUUGUGUUGCAUGACUUUAUUUUCCAUCAUGAGCCUGAAAAACAGGAAAUCCUCACAAGACAACUUAUCUCCAACACAAUCUGGACCUGGUGUUGUGAGAAGGAACAGCAGCUUGCUCAGCAAUAAGAGAUGGUCCAAUCCGAGUCAGAGUCCAGAAACUGCAGAACCGGAAAUAUCCCUCAGAGAGCAGAACCUGGCAGAGGAGUAUCUGACUAAAUCAGAUGGGUUCGUCAACAGCAAUACCUUCCUGAAAUACAAUAAAACCUUCCACAAGCUGUUUCCUGAGGUUCCUGAGGAGGACAGAGUGACACACACAUUUACCUGCUCCUUGCAGAAAGAAGUGCUUUAUCACGGAAAACUCUUUGUCUCUGAGUGUCAUGUGUGUUUCUACUCGUCUGUACUCCUCAAAGAGACCAAGGUAGUGAUUCCUUUUUCUGAUGUGAAGGAAAUCAAGAAGUAUAAAUCCCCUUUGUCUAUGCUGUCCAUUCAGACCUCCAGCAGAGACAAGUAUUCAUUUGCAUCUGUGAGGAAUUAUAAGUUGUGCUACAAACUCCUCCACGGCAUCUGCUCACAAUCACAGGAGGAAAGUGGAAACAGCAGCCCUCAACUGUCCCCAGCAGAGAAUGAAGCAGAACGUGACACAGUUUCCAGUUGUUCAAGUCUAGAAAUUGGGAUGGAACAGGAUUUCUUUAGCAGUGAUCUUGAGCGUGAGUUUCCUCUGAUGACCAGUGAAGUUUCCAGUACUCCUGGUUCCACUCAACAAAGAAGCUUAACGAAUAAAGACCACAGAGCUGCGCCAUUGAACAGGUCAACAGAGACGGUCACGCCAUCCGUCUCCAGAGAAGUUACACAUUUCAGCAUGCUCUUCUACAUCUACGUGACGCUGUUGUUGCUGCUGCUGCUGGUGUCUGGAUACAUUGGGCUGAGGAUCACAGCUCUGGAGGAGCAGCUGAGCUCUUUGGGAGCCCUGGCUGAUUUGUACUAACACAACAGACUGUUCCCUUUAGAAACCAGAAAACAGCCACCAGUAGCAAAGAAACCAAACAUCAGACUGGCAAAAGUCGUCAAAACAACGUUUCCCGGCUGGAGGGACAAGAUUUUAACCUGACAGAAUGAAAACUGGAGGCAGGUCCUUCUGCACAGAGUCAUGGGAAGAAAGUCUGCUGAUAACAUCUUUAUUUUUGGGCUGAACAGCUGAGCUCAGCAGGCAGCAAAUACAGAAGUCAUGGGAGACUUUUUGUCUUUUUCAGGAGGAAUUGAUCCAAAUCUGCAACCAAGGGAUCAAAUUAAAACGAAACUCUGCAUGGAUAUAAAAUAAUUACUGUGAAAACUCCGUCAUGUAAAAAUAGAAUGUAACCAGCAGAGGGCGCUCACUUCUUAGAAAUGCAUUGGUCCUGCUGCAUUAAUUACUGCCAAACAUGUCACUGAUUCACGUUUUCAUAACGAUCUGUUAGCUACCAGGUAUUAAUGUAGAUGGAGUUAUAAAUUAUGUAUAAAAUUAUUUAACUUUAUUAUUAAUUAUUAUUUAAACUUUGGGUUGCCUUUACAUUGUAAGAGUUGAUUACAUUUUAAAUAAUCUAAUUUUAUUACUAUUAAUACUGCAACUGUUCUAUUUAUAACCAUCUGAUCUGUAUGUGGAGUUAAAGAGCAAGUCACCACCUACCAGAGUUUUUAAGCCUGGGGCGCAACGGAGGCGGACGCUGCACGUCACAGCUCGUUGCUUGCUGUUGCCUGGCAGACCAAGAGGUCGGAGCCUCUAAUAAAUACAUACACACCGGCUUACAACAUUGUGAGAUCAUAGGGUACCAGCUAACGUCAUAGUGUACCUACUGGCCAUUUGCAAUGGCAGAUUUAAAUUCAAAUGCAGUGCAGUUUUAACCUGAAGAGGGCGCAACACUGACAGUUUUAGGCAGAAUAUUUAAGCACUAAAGUGCCUCAUUGACUGCACACGUCUACAGCAUGAUUAGACACUGGUUUUCAGCAAUAAAUUGUUGAUUUGGGGUGACUUGCUCUUUAAGUUAACGCAAAUAUUAACAUUUUUAUAUAACCGUCACAGGUUUAAUGAACUGAAUAAAUCUACGAAUGUUUUGUACAUAAGUGAUUUUUAUUUUUGUCGUCCAUAAAAAGGCCAAGAUUCAGUCCAUGAAUUAAUAUCAUUACAUCAUGUUUUCAGUUCAAAAAAUGCAACAUAAAAUUACAAAUCAAAAUACAAAUAGAAUCGUUAAGUACAGUAACCAUAUAAAGAGUCUACCUAUGAUGUCUACCCCCCAACUCUAACACCAAACUCAACAAUACAUCAGUUAGUAUCAGCAAUUAAAAAAGUUUUUUUAAAGAGCUUUUAUGUCCAACAUCCUGUUCAGCUUAACCUUCACGUAGACGACACAAUAGAUAAUGCUCCAUCCUUUCAUUGGCUCUGCAAAACACGACAUGCAUACAGUUUACUUACUGCCCCCACCCCCAACAAUACACAUUCAAGGCCAGAGGAUACAAUAUACGUCGAAUGUAGUGGUAAUGAAUCUUUUUUUUUUACCCCACAAACAAAAUACAGAAAGUUUCCCUUCUUCCCAAAAAGAAAACACCGUAGGAAACCAUCUUCACAUCCAGAGAGACUUCCUCUGAGGACUCAAGAUUCCUGGUUUUAAAAGAUUUCCAUUACUCAAAAAAAAUAAAAAAGAAAAGAAAAGAAAA